AUGCCUCUAACACAAAAACCCCUAUCUGUCAAAGUCAAUGCCUGUCUAUUAGAUGUAGAUGGUACAAUUAUUAUCUCCCAACCUGCAAUUGCUGAAAUGUGGAGAGAUUUCGGUAAGGAUAAACCUUAUUUUGAUUCAGAACAUGUCAUUAAAAUUUCUCAUGGUUGGCGUACAUAUGAUGCAAUUGCAAAAUUUGCACCAGAUUAUGCUACUCAUGAAUAUGUCGCUAAAUUGGAAGGUGCAAUCCCUGAAAAAUAUGGGAAAUUUGCUGUUCAAGUACCUGGUUCCGUUCAAUUUUGUAAUGAUAUGAAUAAAUUACCAAAGGAAAAAUGGGCUGUAGCUACAUCCGGUACUUUUGAAAUGGCAUCUCAAUGGUUUAAAUUCUUAGGAAUUAAAAGACCAGAAAAUUUUAUUACUGCUUCAAGUGUUAAACAAGGUAAACCUGCUCCUGAAUGUUAUUUAAAAGGUAGAAACGGUUUAGGUUUCCCAGUAAAUAAAGAAGAUCCAAGUACAUCCAAAGUAUUUGUAUUCGAAGAUGCUCCUGCAGGGAUUGCAGCUGGGAAAGCAGCUGGUUGUAAAAUUGUGGGUAUUGCGACUACAUUCGACGCUGAUACUUUGAAAGAAAAGGGAUGUGAUAUUAUCGUUAAAAACUUUGAAUCAAUUAUUGUUGGCGGAUAUGAUUCAAAUACUGAUGAAGUGGAAUUGAUUUUCAAAGAUUAUAUAUAUGCUAAGGAUGAUCUUUUGAAUUGGUAA